GGACAUGCUCUAUGAGGAUGUGCACAGAGAAGAAGGGCCCCAGGGUGCAGGCAAUGAUUGGAGCUCCAGUGAGUUUGAGAGCUACGAAGAGCAGUCUGAUGCCGAAAGCAAACUACCAACCCUCAGCAAGGUUCAUCAGCUAAUGAAGGCCGCCAGGAGUGGGACCAAGGAUGGACAAGACCAGAAUAGCCUUUAUGCGGAAAGUAUCCUUCCUGCACAAGAAGGACCACUCAGAGGAUGUGGAGGAUGACGCAGGGUACCUGGAUGUGGCUGUGUCAGAUGUGAAACAUCCUCCUGCACAGCUGAGCCCUAUGCCUGAGGGACUGAGCAGCCAGCAGGUGGUCAGACGUCACAUCCUGGGCUCCAUCAUUCAGAGUGAGCGCAGUUAUCUUGAAUCCCUCAGGAGAAUCCUUGAGGAGUACCAGAGCCCCUUGCUGGAGGCGGACCCACACAUCCUGAGCCCACGGAAGAUCCGGCUUGUAUUUUACCGCCUACGGGAGAUCACUCAGUGUCACUCCAUGUUCCAGAUCGCACUGGCGUCACGUGUGGCUGAGUGGGACAGCAGUGAGAAGAUUGGGGACCUAUUUGUGGCCUCGUUUUCUAAGUCGAUGGUGCUAGAUGUUUAUAGCGACUAUGUCAAUAACUUCACCAAUGCCAUGGCCCUCGUAAAAAAGGCAUGCAUGUCCAAACCAGCCUUCCUGGAAUUCUUAAAGAUGAAACAGGCGUCCAGUGUUGACCGGAUCACCCUGUACGGCCUCAUGGUGAAGCCCAUCCAACGCUUUCCCCAGUUCAUCCUAUUACUGCAGGACAUGCUGAAGAACACACCUAAGGGUCACGUAGACUGCCUGCCUCUGCAGCUGGCUCUGACUGAACUAGAAAUGUUGGCCGAUAAGCUGAAUGAACAGAAGCGUGUGGCCGACCAAAUAGCUGAGACUCAGCAGCUAGCACGCAGUGUCAGCGACCGCUCGCUCAGCAAGCAACUGAACUCAGACCAGGGGUCGCUGGUGCUUUGUGAGACACUGAUUGAGACGGUGUAUGGGGAGCGAGGCCAGGUCCUGAAGUCUAAGGAGCGCAAAGUCUUCCUCUUCAACGAUAUCCUCAUCUGUGCCAACAUCAACGUCAAGGGGCCCCUUGAUAUCAGCAGCCUAGUCCCUGUUGGUCCUAAGUACACCAUGAAGUGGAGUGCCCCCCUGCUGCAGGUCCAGGUAGUGGAGGUGGGUCAGGAGGCCUCCCAGGAGACCCUGUUCCAACAUGGCGGUGGCAAGCACCCUGGUAGUGCCUGUCCCCCAGGGAAAGUGAUCCUGGGUCCUCCACGGCUUUACCAGGAACUCCUGGACCUGCAGCACGACUUGUCUGUGGUGGAGGAGGUCACACUACUGGUGGGAACACUACAGGGGACAUACCAGAACCUGAACACGACUGUGGCCCAGGACUGGUGUCUAGCUCUACAGAGACUCAUUCGGAUCAAGGAGGAUCAACUUCAGAGUGCCAACAAGUGCCGCUUACGCCUGCAGGUGCCUGGGAGACCAGACAAGUCGGGACGUCCCGUCAGCUUCAUGGUGGUUUUCAACACGCCCAGCCCCCUCAGCAAGAUCUCCUGGGUCAACCGGCUGCACCUGGCCCAGAUUGCGCAGCGAGAGGAGAACACACCAGGAUGGUUCUGUGCAGAGGAUGAAGGGAAUACCAUGUCACCAUUUUGGCCUUUACUGGCGUGCCGUGUGCCUGUCUUUACCACCAAAUCCUCGGACAGGAAGUUUGAAGCUGCCCUUCACACUCCAGGACAGUUCUCUGCAGGGUGCACCUUGCUACCUCAAGGCUACCUCUGGGUGGCCAGCGGAGGAGAUGUCACCCAGGGGCAGGUGGAGAUAUUCUCCCUGAACAGGCCCACACUGCGCCCAGUGAAGAGCCUCCAGGUGGGGGCCCCAGUGAGGUGUCUGGAGUAUGUGCCUGAAACCAGACCCUCAGAGGAGGUGGAGGCUGUAGCCUUCAGGAGCUCUACUGGGGUGGGGAACACCAUCUGUUUGGGACUAGAUGAUGGAAGCAUCCUGGUGUAUGGCAGUGUGAACACUGAGGCCCAGUGCCUGUUGAACCUGCGGAACCCUCAUAGCUGCCCUGUUCUGUGCCUCAAACACUGCACCAACUUCCUGUUUGCUGGGCUCAGGGAUGGAACCAUGAUGGUCUAUAGAAGAAGUAAUGGAGGUGAGUUGUGGGAGCCAGACUCCAGCAGGACUGUUAUUGUGGGCCCAGAGCCGGUGAGGACACUUCUGGUACUGGAGGACUCUAUGUGGGCCAGCUGUGCCAACUCUGUGACUAUCAUCGAGGGCUCCAGCCUUGCCACCCAGAGGUUUGAGGUACACCCAGACCCCAUGGUGACCGUGGCCCAUAUGGUGCGGGCUGGGGGAGGAGUUUGGAUGGCCUUUAGUGAGGGCUCUUCUAUUCGCCUGUUCCACACUGAGACACUGGAGCAUCUGCAGGAAAUCAACAUCUCCACGCGAGUAUCUUUGCACAACCCAGGCCAGAAGAGCAUGCGUGUCACCAGCCUGCUCAUCUACCAGGGGCUGCUGUGGGUGGGCACUGUUCAGGGAAUCAUCAUCAUUCUGCCCGUGCCCAAACUGGAGGGCAUCCCCAAAAUAACAGGAAAGGGGAUGAUCUCUCUGAAUGCCCACUGUGGUCCGGUGGACUUCCUGGUUGCCACGUCCAGCACCCUGUCCCCAGAGCUACUGAAGAGGGAUUCUGUGGCGGACGGACCCGACUCUGCCUGCGGAGAGGAGGACCGCAGUUACUCCUCCUCCCAGGAGUCUCUGCCGCAAUCAGGCUCCUCCCAGGGGAGGGGGGGGGGCAAGGGGCUGGGUGUGCUGCUACAGUACAGGUUGCGCUCCACUUCGGGGUUGCCAGGGCGACCGCUAACGGUGAGGGGCGAUGAAGCAUCGGACUCCUCCCUGGAGUCUUUGGAGCACAGCCUGGAGGACGGGUCAAUCUAUGAGUUCAGUGACAACCCAGAAAUGUGGAUGCAGGGACGCCCCUGUGAGCGGGAUGGGGGGCGCAGGGACAGGAUGAUUUCGGCAGCGGUCAUAUCUGGGGGCAGGGGUUUCCACAGACUGAGGGAAGGGACAACGGAGCGGGCGGGGGUGGAGUCUUCAGAAACAACCCUGAUGAUGUGGGAACUACCACUGACAGUGUGAUCUGGGUAUCAACAUUCAGGCAGUGUAAUGCCAGGAACAUGAACCCUGUGAAAGCAGGACAUUAGUGCUGGCACAGAGCACAAGGCCAGGCUGAUUACUCUUUGUGUUAGGGAGCUCCUGCAUGCUCCAUCUGAGGAGACCUGCUGGUGACCUGUGAGGCAUGGGGCACUGCCAUCCCACUGGUGGAUCUGGAUGACCCUGCUUACUCAUUCUCAGCCACAGGCCCAGAGCCUUUCUUGUGACAGCUUAAACUGGUCCUCUCCGCUCCUUACAAGUAUGGAUAUGCCGAAAUCAAGCUUCAUCAGAGCUGACAGUGCUUGCCUCACACAGAUUUCUCUUCCACGGUUGACAGCCUUCCUUUGUGAGUAAGAAUGGACCACAUUGUUUUGAGAGUGACACUUUGUUGAAUCUACCAUGCUGCAAUGCCGAAGAUGGACCUCUUUUAUCUGAAGCCAUCUGUUUAGGGCUGAGAAAAGCUGAGAAACUACUGUAGGUGUUAUUUAGUUAUAUUAGUUCAGAAAACCUCAAGCACUCCCUGGCAAUGUGAAAUAUGUGAAAUGUCUGUCAAUGUGUCACAAGUGAAUCUGUGCUUUUAGAAAAAUGAAAGUGUGUUGGACGCUGACUGUGAGUCCUUAGUCGUCUGAUUUUUUUUCUACUGCAUAAAUAGGUAGGUUAUCUGAGAUAUGAGAGGGAAAAGAAGGCAAUGUCUUUGUGUCCUGGUCUAUCAGAGUUUAGUAGUUUUACAUUUAAAUGUUCCCAUUUGUAUUACUACAAAGUGCAAAAUGCACACCAUACAUGUUUCUUGUGGAUGACGAUGAUAUUGUCCAUUUUAAGUCAGUUAAAGCAAAUACAUAUCCACACCAGCAUGAUAAUAUGCAUUUAACCUACGUUACACAUCAAAAGGCCUACUGAAUUCAGUACAAAAGACAACGGCUACAACUGCUGCAGCCACCCAGACGUCAUUAGUGGCUGUGUGGAGGCACCUAAAAUGGAGAAUGCUUUGAAUGGGUUUUUGUGGCAAUUUAACACACACAAACCUUUGAUAAAUCUAUCCCCUAGUGUCUUUAAGCAUUUUUAUCUCCUUUCCUUCACUCCCUGUUUGAAGCCAUUGCCAUCGGUGGUUUGGUGUGCUAACAGAGACAUGGUAAUCUCCUGCCCUGUUUCUGUUUCUAUUUUAUUCUGCUACAACGGAAAUGGCCUACCUUUGACAAUGUCUUUGAAAAUAGUUGAUUGACAAAUUAAUUGAGAUGUUUGGCUAUGAAUGCAUGGUGUUGAAGACUUAGUGUUAUUUUGCGUUUCCUAUGCUGCUGGAUGGAAAUGAUGGUUGAUUCCAUAUUUUGUCACCACUUCUGUAGAAUAUGUUGUAAAAUUCCCUUUACAUCUGAAUACCCGAGUUCUCUUUUUCAUCCCAGUAGAAGGUCCUGCUUUCUAUAGUUCUGAAACAUUAUUUUAUUUUACUUCGUCUCCCCGGCAUUAAAAUACAGUUGCUUUGUUUAACAGGUCAGGGUCAACAGAAAACAUAACUCAGUACAGUGUUGCGUUGUUUCUAUAAAAAUGUACAGUGCACAUGAGAAAAGCUGUUGAAAGCGUACUGUACAAGACUUGUUUAGUGUUCCUAUGAUAAUACUAUUCUACAACACUAUGCUGGAGGUCACCCACAUGUCAAGGUUAUUUAGAUGUAGCCAGAGUGUAUGAUUGAGUAACCUUUAUGUAGUAUACAUCAUUGGCGGUAGGUGCCGUUUAAGAUGAGGGAGGCUAAUCUUUUUUUUUUUAAUGAGAAUGGCCUUAUUUCUAUUACAACAUAUUGGAGGACUGUCAUUCACAUUCUAUUCACCCAGCUCAAUGUAACAUUGAUAGGUUUAGGCUACUACAUGAUACUCAAAUGUUCCCUAUACCCAUCAUGAGGUUACAACCUAGCUUCCGAAUUAAAGUUUACGACGUACAUGUAGGUGCACAGGUUGAGAGAGAAAUUACAUAUUCAAUAUCGCCUUGCAGACUCUUGACUGCAUCUAGUUGAUCUAGGGUGUAAUCAUUAGUCCAACAGUUGCAAAUUAGAGUUUCUGUUGGACAAAUUCAGGUACGUUUAUCCCCGUUUCAUUCUGUUUGCUUCCAUUUAAGUUUUUCAAAAGAAUCGGCAAAAUGAAUACACCCCUGACCACCGCAAACACAGUUCACUUUCAUAGCAGCCACAUACAAACAGCAUGAUCAUUUGCUUGUUGUAUAAUUCCUUCUCGCAUCUACAGUACGCAUUCUCAUCAUCUUAUACUUUCCCUUUCUCUUGUGGGAUUCAUAUCUUAAUGUGUAUCUUAAUGUGUGUCCGUCCUCUCAUCCUUUCCCAUCAUUUUAGCCUCAAUAUUAUUUUAUCUAUUCACACUCAUAAAUGGAGAUUGUCUAUUAUAACUUUACACUCAUACUAACCAUGCUGUCUGUUCCUAUAAAACAAAAUUUGCAGCUACUAGAAGCUACCCAUACUUUGACUCAUUCACAUAAUUGAAAAUAAUGUGCCCUUAUAAUAUUAUAGACUUUGACACCCCUGUGGUAGAGAAAGAGGCUUAUGAUAAGUCACUCGGUUUAACUUUUGAACAUCAUGAAAUAAUGUGACUCAGUUGUAUACGUGGAUAGAGUGAGAGGUCUAACAUUAGAUGUACAGUAUAAUGUUAAGUUACAUUGCACAUAUAAAACAAUGCUUAACUCCAUUAAAUGUCAAUUCCAAUUGCCCUUUGGUACGUUAAUGAAUACAUGUUUAUAUACUGUACUUUAAAAGUGUUUCAUAAUUCAUGUGUAAUAUGUCAAUGUUAAAUAAAUACUUCAUA